AUUUCAUUAAGACCAUCAAAAAUUCUUACUGAUUUUGAAAUAGCAGCAAUCAAUGCGUCAAAUGAGGAAUUUCCUGGUGUUAUUAAUAAAGGUUGUCUUUUCCAUUUGGGGCAAAGCGGCUGGAGGAAAAUCCAAGAAUGUGGCUUAGCCGUUCAAUAUGGUUCUGAUGAGCAUUUAAGUCUCAUAUUGCGUUACUUAUUUGCUCUAGCAUUUGUUCCAUCAAGUGAAAUUCCCAUUGCUUUUGAUAUCUUGAAAUCAAGUAUACCACCAGAAGCUAAUGAAAUUGUGCAAUGGUUUGAAGAAAAUUAUGUC